UCAGAGCAUUCCACAUAAUAAUUUAAAGAUUCUUAUUUAAUUUAAUAUUUGGAAUGUGAAGAAUACAGUUCCAAUUUAUAAUACACAUGCACCUGCCAUAACAAACUUUUUCGAGAGAGAGAAGGGGACACUCACAAUGUAUCUGUCAUUUAAAGAAUGCUUUAUUUUCAUAGAAAAAGAGGUUAUUCUGAAAAUCUGGAAACUAUCUGGAAUGUUUUUGUUAGUCAUUGAGGUCAAUAAUGAAAAACAAAAUGACUAAUGUUAGAACUAUAGGAUUUUACAGGCUAUUAGAUAAGGAUCCAUUCAGUCCUUUGAUCUGCAAGAUCUGACUCCUGGGAUAAGAUUGUGAGAUUAACAGUGGGUCACUGGUUAAUCCCCAAAUGACCACUUACUCUGCACGGGUUGAUGAAACCUGAUCUCGGAGUCGUUGGAUGGCUAGGAGGGCAAAUUGAGUGGGGAGGGGGUGAGGAAGCUGGCAGGUGUCCUUAAAUGACAGGAGACAGGUUCAACGAAAUAACAAAGCAUUUAUUGAAUAACUAAAUCUAAAUUACAGGAGGCGAACUUACUACUAAGGUUAAAUGUGGUUAUAUUAAAAUAUUUACAAAAUAUGGCGACUACUUUCGUAGCUAUGUUGCUGACCUAAUUUCUAGUUCAAGAGAGAGCACUUUUACAAAUUCUAGAUCCCCUAAAUACCUCUCGGCGUAAUGGAGCGUUGGCGCAAUCGUCUAUAUGGAAGAGGUAGGAGUCCUUGGUAUCUUCUAUUCGAUGUCCUCUCUCUGUAGCUGGAUCGGGUCCGCUGUAUGGAGGUUUGGGAGACUUCCGGUUAAAUUUCAGUGGGUUAUAACUCGCUUCCGACUUGUUAUUUCCGAAAAGUUUUGGGUGUCUCUUAGAAGAUACCAAACGUGACUUUUUCCGAAAAUUUCAUGCUAAUAUCUCCAAUAGUUUUUAAAUUAUCGCUGUUCUACAAAAUUUUGGAAUUUCAACACUACUGUUCCAUUGCCGGUAGUCAUAGCAAUGCUCAAUGACUUUUUCUACAGGAAAGUUCUAGAACUUUUUCCGGAAGUUACAUUUUCUCUGUUAACUUUUUUUUUUAAUUUUAAAAUCUAUUAUUUUGAUUGGUAUGGAAUCUGAGGUCAAAACAUUUCACGACACUGCCUAUGGCAUUAUCGAUGAGAUUAAACAAUAUUCCAAGCAUAACCCGAAGGCCAAAUUAGGAGUGGAAUGUCACUUAACGUAUGUACUGACACAAUUCAUCAGAGUAGUAGAACUGGCGGAAAGUACUUUUAAGAAAAACAAUCUAAAUGAUUAUAUUGAACAGACACUCUCAGGAUUAGCUACUAAAAAUGAUUUAAAGAAAUUCAAAGAUGCUCAUGUUGAUGAAACUACAAAAAUCCUAAUGGAUAUUCAACAAACAGUACAAAAUCAGAGGAAAACCUCUUUUGAUGAUCUAACUAGUGAAAAAGUUCCUAGCAUUCCUAGCUAUAAAGAUAUCUUACAAAAAGGAAUAAAACAAACUAAAAUUAUAGACGAACAACCUCUACCUGCAUAUACUGUAUUAGUAUAUAGUGAUAAUAAUAGAGCCACUUCUGAUGAAACAAAAAGUACUUUAACUAGUAACGUGAGACCUGAUAAGCUUGGUGUAGGCAUACGUCGAUUAAGGAAAAUUAGGAAUGGUGGAAUUGCAGUAGAUUUAAACCAUAAGAGUGAGGUAAACUACUUUAAAGAGAAUGCCGAACAAGUUCCAGGUUUAGUAUCACGUUUGCCAAAAAAGAGACUACCAUUAGUCAAAAUUGCUUCCGUUCCGAAAACCAUUAAUAAAGAGGACCUUGCAUUAGACAUUUUUGAGCAAAACCCGUACAUUUUCCCCACCUAUACUGAACGCACUUUUGUUGAAAACGUUAACAUAAGGUUUCCGCUUAACCAAAAAAAUGAAAAUCAUAUUUCCUGGAUUAUUGAAGUAUCUCCACAAAUUAGAGAAAAUAUGAUAAAAGCGGGAAAAAUCCAUCUUCUUUGGACAACCUGUCCUGUCUUUGACUUUCUCCCUAUAACACAGUGCUAUCGCUGUUUAUCAUUUGGACAUUUUGCGAAAAAUUGUUCUUUAAAAGAAAAUGUGUGUAGCCAUUGUAACGGAAAUUAUUUAUACAAAGAUUGCCAAAACAAACAUGACUCACCGAAGUGUGCUAACUGCUUAAAAGAAAACAGAGUACAGAAUUGUCACAACACAAUGGAUAAAACUUGCCCAGUGUAUCUAAGAGAAAAAACUAAAUUCCAACAAAGAACUGACUACGUAAUACAGUGAUCUGCGAGGCUACUUCACAACUCAACGAUUAACCGGUGUCUGGAGAUUGUGGUCUGACAUUUGUAUUUUGGAACUGUAGAAUGUAUAUCGCUGUAUAAUAUUUGAUUAUUGUAUAAUUUUAAUUAAUGAUCUUAGUUCUUUCUAAUAAUUGUUACUAAGAACCAUACAUUUUGUCAUAUAAAUUAUAUGUACUGUACUUAGCAUACUUUGAAUUUCCUUUAUUGUUUGUACUUUGGUGUCAUUGACACACUUUUAAUGUCAAGUAUUUCUCUCUGAUUGGCAAGUUGCUGAUUAUUGUACUUAUUUAUUGUGUCUUAUGUAUUGUAUAAUCGAGUAUAUGUAUUUGAUAAUAAUGAUGAACUUUACAUGUUUUUCAAUACUAACAGCAGCUUGUCAUGAAUUUGUACAUAGUUGUAUAUAGAUCAGUUAACUUGUUUUGUUUUUAUUUUGAUUUUCAUGUUAUUAAUGUACUAUUUUAUGUAUUUUAUUUCUUAUGUUAUCUUAAUUCUUCAUCAUUAGAGUUAUGUGUACAACAUCUAUA